AUGAUUUCAACACAACAUCUAUAUGCGCAGCCCCCCAAAGCACGGAGGAAGUGGACCGACGACGAAGAUCGAGUAUUGCACAAGGAAGCUGACUUACAGAAGAGCCAUGGGGGUCCGUCGGACUGGAAGACAAUCGCCAGGAAACUGCCUGGCCGCUCCAAUAAAGACUGUCGGAAGCGCUGGAACAAAAUCCGUGUAUGCCUCGCCAAAGGACCAUGGUGCUUUUCCGAAGAUGAGCUGCUGAAAGAGGCAGUGAGGAUGCAUGGGCUCAGGAGCGUAUGGCGGCCAGAGGAGGACGAUGCCUUGCUCUUAGGGGUGACGCAGUACGGCAAAUCCUGGAGGGUUAUAUCUGAGCAUUUCUUGCCGACCAGGUCGACAACGGACAUCAAAAACAGAUACGUUACCAUCAUACGCUACAGGCGAAAGCUCGAACGAUCAUCGCAAGUGGCCGACCUGGAAUCAAACGACGGCCUGGACUUCCGAGAACUGCAAGAUGCAUUGAGCGCAUCACCUUCUUUUUCAAACAUCUCGACCCUUGACCAAAGGAGCCUCUCACAAACAAAUGAAGCCAUCCACCCGCUCGAAAUGAAUCCCUGGCUAGUACAUUCCAUGGACACAAGCGGAUACGAUACUCACGCGUCCCGGAACUAUGGGGUCAUGGACAGUGGCACAAGCUCGACCAUCAGUUGGCCUACCUGUAACACGUCGAAUAUCACUUCAUCACCUUGGAGCGUUCCGACACAUCAGCCAAAUGCUAUAGCAUCCCUCGAUUGGUUGGCAGGAACAGGUAUGUGGAUGACUGAAUUCGGAGAGAGCAACGGACUUGUAUUACAGCCGGACUUUAAUCAUUAUCCUGAUCUCAUUGGGGCGACGGACGGAUCGCUUGGACUCCCUGAUGCCCACUUUGACUGGCAAGUCAAGCCGUAG